AUACGUGCUAUGAAGUACCGCGUCGUGAAUGUGAACCCAGAGCUGUUGGCGAACGAAAGCGGCAACAACAUGACCAGGCUUAUUCGGACAAACGACCGGCCGAAUAUUCAUAUCGCAGUUCGCGCUAUGCAGCACCCUGCAAACAGUUUUGCCGACCUCAAGUUCCUCAUCCCCGAUGAUGUCAACGAGCACAAACCACCGCCGAAGUUUGUAAUUUUUACAGACAACUGUGUCGAGGCCGAGGAUAUCUGCAAGUACUUACAUACCAUUCUUCCGAUCUCUUUACGAAGCCGAAUUAAGUGGUUCCACUCGCGGCUGAGUGGUGAAUAUCGGGCAGAAAUCUCUUCUGAAUUCAAGAAAGGAACAUGUAUUUGGGGUCUUGUGGCUACUGAUGCAUACGGCAUGGGUGUCGAUCAGUCUGGCAUCGAGAUCGUGGUUCAGUGGAAGGUCGCGCACCUCACAUUGCAAACAGCCUUGCAGCGUGCCGGCCGUGCAGCACGCGGACUCAAUGAGCAGGGAUACUUCAUCUUGAUCGUCGAGAAAAAGUUUUUCGAUGACGAACGGGAGAAGACCGAGCGGGCGAAGACUCUCCGACGAGAGCGAGAUCAGGCACGUAAGCGCAGGAGAGAG